AUGUACCACCAAUUUCAACAAGGCAACAGCGAGGAUUCUUGGAACUAUAGCUGUGAUGAGCUGUGGAGAUCUCCUUCUAUCAAUAACAUAGUGCACUCUGCCACAAUACCAGACGAACAGACACCUCUUUUAAGUCAGAUAAUUAUACCCUCUACAGAUCGAGUUACCCGCUGGACAGAAUCGUUUUGGAAGCGCGGUUUUAUCUUAAACAUAUUACCAGUAUUAAUUGUACUCAUCUGGUGCUCAAUACCUAUACCGUUUGAUGAUUGUGCAACACUGCCAUGCGACUACGAUCCGUACAGUCUUUCACCCGCGAUAUCAAUUCUGCCAUUAGCAGAAAAGCCUAAUAAUCAGCCAACUCUCAUCAAUUUUUGGUUCUUUUUGUUUUGGUACUAUGGCGUCUACAAUGCAAUUGCGUUAUUUUUGAUUACAAAAAUGUUUAGCAUUUAUGCUGUCAAUUGGUGGCCUAAACCGUUAGGGGCUAAAGUCACAUUUAUGCUCUUUUGGCUAACUACCCAAGCUGUCGCAGUAGUAGGAUAUUACUUUACAAACCUAGACAAGUACACGCUCAGCUGGGUCUUCCUCACCUUUUUGAAUAUGUGGUUGCCUGUUCUGGGCGCAUUGAUCAAUAUUCACUUACAUAACAUGAAAAGAAGCCAACGAAAGCUUUAUCCUGCUUUCGGCGACCCCAAAACAAUAUCCAUCUUUAUCAGUCCGUCGGAACACACGCACAUUCACAUCCCCGCAUCCUACCGACGGUUUCUAUGGUUCUGUGUAGCGCUUUUUAUUGCCUUGUUUGCCCUGGUGAGCGGUGAAAUAUAUGCAUACGUAUUCCUCUCUACUCUUCCGCACACAUCUCUAGAUGCCGUAGUAUAUGUCUACAGCUGGGUGGGAGCAAUAUAUGUCAUGGACGCCAUCACAGACUACAUUAUACACCGACGGGUCCGAUCUUAUCCUCUCGCAACCGUUUUCAAGCUCUACUUCUUUAUGAUUUAUUUUAUAUUUUAUCGUAAUCUAUUUGCCAGACUUCGAUCGGUUGACCAGUUUGCUCUCGUCCAGCUAGGUUCUUUUCUCUGGGUUUGCAUUUACUAUCCCCUUGUCAUAACCCGCCACACCCAUAGUUUGUGUGUUCGUAUGUUUGGAACAACAUUGACUUAUGAGGAAUACCGAGAUAAGAUCGGGCGUUCUUUUUAUCUUCGUAACCUGGCAGAAAACACAACCAUGCUUGGGUUCCUUUGUUGGGUCAACAUCUUACACUUUGGACCCAACCGGGCCGCCUACCCUUAUUUCCAUUUUGACGAACAGGUCUCAGAAGACAGUCCAUACACUCAUCGAACAACUUUUAUAGCUGCCCUGGUUAUCUGGACAAGUGAGCUGACGAGUGCGUAUAUCACCCGGUGGACAUUCAAACGUUAUUUCAAACACUCGGUUACCCAGCAGGCCAUCCGAGAGUUUACACAAUAUCCGGAAAUGAUCAUUGGCUUUGUUCUAGUCAUGGUGCACGUACUCCAGAAUAUCUUGCUGGCCCUGAUCAAACUGGACUUUGCUUAA